UAUUUGAAAUAUGUCAGACGAUAUGUCUAUUCAUCGGAUUAUUGGGAUUGAAGCUUCUGUUUAGAACCAUAUAGAAAUCACUAUAUAAAUAUAUACGAUAGUGAUUGUUCCACUAUGUACGAGUUUCAUUUAUGCUUUCUAUAUGCCUACAAUUCAGUUCACCUACACUUCAAGAAUGCCAAUAGCUUAUGAUGUGGGGAAAUUCAAAACUUUUUCAUCAAAUAGUCGUAGGGAAACAAUGAUAAAAUGUAUAAGUAAACCAAAAGAUGUAAAUAUACAACUUUCAACAAACUACUGUACAUUCCCAAUAACACAAAUCGGUGAAUUACAACAUCAGAUAGUGAAUAUAAUAAAUCAUUCAGGCUAUUCAGCAGUCUAUGAAUUAUUAACUGGUCAAUCACAAAUUUAUACUGAUGAAAAUGACCAAUCAUUUACUAUUGUAUCUACAGUAUUUCCAAUAAUAAAAGGUUUAUCAAAUGGUAUUAUUAAAUCAAAAGAAACACUACAAUUGAUUAUUGGCUUUUGUCCACAAGUAGCAGGUCAUUUUUAUCGUCGAUUUACUCUGUUGGUUUGUAAUCAAGAACCACAAUUUUUGCAUUUACUUGGUACUUGUCAUGAUUCAAUUGAAAGACCACAUCAUUUAAAACCAAAACAUUUAAUGAAUAUAGAAUUAUGUAAUAAGAAAUUAACCAAUCAAAUAGAUGUAUUACAGAAAUAUGAUAAUCAUCAUCAAAAUGGUUAUGAGAUUUAUUCUGAAAUGAUACAACCAUCAGAAAUCAUGAUUAAUCCACCCCUAUUAUCUUUAAAUUAUACAACUUGGGAUUUCACUUCAAAUUCAGAUUUAUUAUCUAAGGCAUUAUUAUGUGCAGAACAAUUAAACAAAUCAAUAAAUCAUGGUUUAGAAUUAAAUCUUGAACAUUUAGCUAUACGAAAUACAUUAAUUGUACAAAAUUUUACCAAUAAUGUCAUGUUAAUUCAUUGGUCACCAAGCAAACAAAUCAAUUUCAAUCAUCCAAUCAAUAAUUAUAAUCAAUAUGAAAAGAAAAUAAACAGUUUUAGAAUUGAACCAAUAUUCAAAGAACUUGCACCAAAUAGUUCAACAGAAUUUACUAUACUGUUUACACCAGCUAAUAUAUGCCAAUACUACUAUCAAGAAUUUGAAGGAUUUGCUAUGUACAAAAAUCAGAGAGAUAAUAGUUUGAUUAGUUCAGAAAAGAUAAAACCACCUCAUUGUUUAUUGGUUCAUUGUUAUGGUCAUACAUUCCCUAGUAAUAAACAAUCAUUUACACCUUAUUAUGAAAUAAAUAAAUCAAGCAUCAUAUUUGAUUCAAUUGAAUAUUAUGAAAAUAAAUAUGAUUCAAUAACAUUAUACAAUAAAAGUGAAUAUCCAUUAUUAUUACAACAUAAAAAUCUUAAGAAAUGUUUGAAUUAUGAAAAUUUUAACGAGGAUAUUUUAAAUAUUCAACUUAUCCCUUCAAUAACUUUAAUUCCGCCUAAUUCAUAUAAAGUGAUUGUGUUUCAAUGUGAAACUAAUCUAUCAUAUAAUGAAAUUAAAAAAAACAUGGCAAUUAGAGAAGAUCAAAUUAUAAUGAAAGGACUUGAGAUUGUAUCAAUGAAUCAACAACCAAAACAUGAAUGGAGAAUCCCAAUAGAAAUCAACUUUACCACAGCAAAUAUCACGUUCGAAAACAAUGGUGAAUUGUAUUUUGUACCUACACAUGUAGGUGCAUAUACACAAAAAGAAUUCAAUAUUACAAAUGUCUCACCUUAUAAAAUAGAAUUUUGUUGGGAAAUUAUUUCUGAUGACAAAACUGAAUUAGAAGUUCAUCCAAUUAACGGAAUCUUAUUACCAAAUGAAAUACAAGUAUGUAAAUACUACUGAUUUAACUUUCUUCAAUGAUAUCUUAUACUUUAUUCAUUUAUUAAUCGUUUCCUUUCAAUAGUUAUGUAACAUAGCUCAUUUUAUUCAUUUUCAGUAUUGUCUUUUGUCUAUGGAGAUGUAGAAGUACAGAACUCUUCAGCAGUGCGUGUACACGGACACGCAUAUGGGAUUUGAACUCGGAAACUUUCGAUCUUGCACUCCAAUGCCUAAUCUCUAGACUACUGAUCCGACAUAUAACAGUGUUAAUGUUUAACUUCAAUCAAUUCAUGAUAUUGCUCAACCAUUCACCAUUGUCUUUAGUGAAUAAGUAUCUCACAAUAGACACGGUUGAACUCCCACUUG